UAAAAUAUAAAAAACUUACGUAUCUAAAUAAGAGUGAAAUCUUCGGUAUAAAAAUGUCGGACGCGAUUACGUUUGUAUCGAAUGAAGAAUGGAUAAAUAGACUAUGUCAAUUGGAAAAUAUAGAUAUUGGCUCUUUGUCAAAUCAGUUGGAACCUCUUUUUGGCGAUAUUUUGGAUCCUGUUUUACCUGAUUUGAAUAAUGACAAUGUUUUGGAUCCUAUUUCAUCAUGUAUUAAUGGUGACAGUCAACUGGAAUUAACAAAAUCUCAACAAAAUUUUUGUAAUUCCUCUUCUUCGACUCCAGCAAAUGAUUUGGAGUUUAAUUCUGAUCAUUCCAACAUCCAGAAUAAUGUGGAAAAAACUUCAUCAACUUCUCUAAAUAACAAUGGCGGGAAGCCUUUUGUUGUUAAAUUAAUAAAAAAAAGUAGUUCUAAUACUUUGAAGUUUGAAAGGUCAAAUGCUAAAAGAGUUUUAAAAAUAGUUUCACCUCCGAAGUAUAUGCCUUUGAAUAAACCAGAUGUCGAUAUUAAAAAAAUGACCUGGGAUGCGCGAAGCAGAAAGCGUACCGAGGAAUUUAAGGAUAAGGAAGAACGCAGGAAGUCGACGAGUGGAUCGCAGAGUAGUGAUUCCGACGAUGGUAACGGUCGAUGCAUGUCGAAGAAUGCUAUAGCGGCUAGAGAAAAUAGAGAAAAAAAGAAAAAGUACUUGAAAGAUUUAGAAGAGUCGUGCGUCAGUUUUGCUUCCGAAAUCGGUAGCUUACAGGCCGAGAAUGCCACGUUACGAGAAGAAAUCAAGAAUUUACAUAAAGAAGUCGAAUAUUUAAAAAAUGUUAUAGCAAAUUCGGAACAACUUGGAAUUUUGAUAAAAGGAGUUCAGACUAUUCCGGGAUUAAAGUGGAAUUCUCCCGUUAAGAGAAAAGAAAGCGGAGAUUCGUCUAAUAACUUAACAGUACACUUAAAGGCCGAGAUUGCCACGUUACGAGAAGAAAUCAAGAAUUUACAUAAAGAAGUCGAAUAUUUAAAAAAUGUUAUAGCAAAUUCGGAACAACUUGGAAUUUUGAUAAAAGGAGUUCAGACUAUUCCGGGAUUAAAGUGGAAUUCUCCCCUUAAGAGAAAAGAAAGUGGAGAUUCGUCUAAAAACUUAACAGUACAUAAAAAACAAAAGUUAAAUGCAGAUUGUAAUGAUGCUCAAAAUGUCAUUGAGGAAAAAACUGAGCAGAAAAAACAAACUAGUGGAAUAUGUUUACAUGUAGGGAAUAGAAAAGUAUCAUUAGAACUGUGUCAUUAUUGUAACGAAAAGGUUGAAAACAAUGUAUAAUUUGGUUUUCAAAUUAUUGUAAAUAUUAUAUUGUGGUAUAAUUGUAAUAAUUUGAAAAUAUAUACAUUAAUGGUAGCAAUAGUUGAAUACACAUAGUAGUUAAGAA